AUGUCGACCAUACAACAGCUCAAGAAUUUCAUCCGCCACGGCAAGCAAGCUCGUAAUUUCAACGAAGAAUCGUCGUCGUCUCCGAGAAAGGACGAGCAAUCACUUCCUCAACCAAAUGUCGACAGGGGAGUGCCGAGCGAACCCGUCCUCGCCCCCUCCGCCUCUGCUCCUGCCGCUGCCGCCCCUGCCGCUGCCGGCCACGGCCAGGCCCACGAAGCCUUCUCCGAAGCCCCCGGCGACGCACAGAACCGCGUAGCCCAAGCCGGUAACAUCGCCGCCCACCAUGCCGACCUAGCCCAGAAGGUGGCCAGCAGCAAGGCCGCCGCCGCCGCCGCCGCCGCCGCCGCCGACGAGGCUAACCUCGCCAGGCUCGUUGCCGAGGAGAACGCGAGCAAGAGCAGAUUUCCCCGCUACCCGGGCUUGGAACGAUGGGAGCUCACCGAAAAGAUGGGCGACGGCGCCUUCAGCAAUGUCUACCGCGCGAGGGAUACCCGCGGCGACUACGGCAAUGUCGCCAUCAAGGUCGUUCGCAAGUACGAGAUGAACAGUAUGCAGCGAUCAAACAUCCUGAAAGAGGUUCAGAUCAUGAGGCAGCUCGACCACCCCAACAUUGUCAAACUCAUUGAAUUUUCCGAGUCGAAGCAGUACUACUACAUCGUCCUCGAGCUGGCUAUCGGCGGAGAGCUCUUCCACCAGAUUGUCCAUCUCACCUACUUCAGCGAGGAGCUGUCUCGACACGUCAUCGUUCAGGUGGCAGAGGCACUCGAAUACCUGCAUGAAGAGAAGGGAAUCGUGCAUCGAGACAUCAAGCCUGAGAAUAUCCUCUUCAACCCCAUCCCCGUGGUGCAGGCCAAGGUACCCAAGCCCAAGCAGCCUGGGGAUGAGGACAAGGUAGAUGAGGGAGAGUUCAUCCCCGGGAAGGGCGCCGGCGGUAUCGGCCAGAUCAAGAUUGCCGACUUCGGUCUGUCCAAGAUCGUCUGGGACAACCAGACCAUGACGCCCUGCGGCACGGUCGGUUACACAGCCCCCGAGAUCGUCAAGGACGAGCGCUACUCCAAGUCGGUCGACAUGUGGGCCCUCGGCUGCGUCCUCUACACCCUCCUCUGCGGAUUCCCCCCCUUCUACGACGAGAGCAUCGAGGUGCUCACCGAAAAGGUGGCCAGGGGGUCCUACACUUUCCUCUCCCCCUGGUGGGACGACAUCUCCAAGUCGGCCAAGGACCUGAUCGCCCACCUCCUCACCGUCGACCCGGAGAAGCGCUUCACCAUCAGGGAGUUCCUCGCCCACCCCUGGGUCAAGGGCGUCGAGCCCGAGGACGCGGCCCGGCAGCAAGCCGCCGCGGCGGCGCUGCAGCCCGAGAAGCCCCUGCGCGCCUUCGACUCGACCAAGUUCGAGGACGCCGGCAAGCGUUACGACUUCCGCUCCCCCGGCGCCGUCAACCUGCGCGAGGUGUUCGACGUCGGCUACGCCGUCCACCGCCAGGAAGAGGAGGCCAAGAGACGCCAGCAGACGGGCACCAAGACGGGCGUCGACAAGUUCCUCAACGCCCUCAACGAGGAAGACGAGGACGGGGGAGAAGACGACGACGUCAUGGAGGUCGACCCGCAGAGCGCCGCUGCCGGCAAACAGCAGUCGGGAACUCAGGGCCUGGAGCAGAGCAUGCGUGAUGCCAACAUCGGCGACCAGCAGCAUAGGGGUCGUGAGAGGGAGAGGGCCUCCGACCAGCAGCGCGGAUACGGCCAGCAUUCGGCUACGGUGGCCAACGCGGCGCGCCAGCAGGUCCGCGAUAAGAAUCGUCGAAAGGGGCCUUUUGAGCUCAACCUUGACAAUGCCACCCUCCUCGGAAAGCGGAACAAGAAGGUUCCCAUCGGGGCGUAG